CUCGCGAACAUGGCGUCUUUGAAUACAAUUAUUGAUUAUCGUAAAUAAUCUUUUAUUUAAUAUAAAGUACUGAAUCCUUGUUCCAUGCAUACGAAACAUGGUGUCAGGUGAAAACAGAGUAUAACAAGAAGAAAAAACCUAAGUGGUAAAUAGAAGUCUUUGUUAAGAAAAUAAAACCUUUGUGGAUCAAACAAAAUGGAGGAAACGCCCGUAAUGACCCUGGGCUUGCAGCCUCCUAAAGGAUACAAAAUUGAAGAUGCGGAGGCUUGGAAAAAAUACAAGCAGAUGUUUAACUUAUAUAUACAGGCCACGGAUUUGGAACAGGGGACUGAUGAAAAAAAGGUAGCCAUUUUCUUAACCUGCGCGGGAGAAGACAUUUUAGAGAUUUACAAUGGUAUGAGUGACACUUCUACAUUAAAAUGGGCUGAGUUGCUUAAAAAGUUUGAUGAACAUUUUAAAAACAAAACUAACACCGUCGUGAACAGCUACAGAUUUUAUAAUUUACGACAAGAGCCAGAUGAACCGGUGGAACGAUUUGUUUUAAGAUUGAAGAAUGCAGCUAAGACAUGUAACUUUAAAGAAGAAGAUAGAAUGGUAAGAGAUAUGUUAGUGAUAGGUGUGAGUGAGACGGGCAUUAAGGAGAGAUUGUUACGAGAGAAGGAACUGAGUUUGGAUACGGCACUAGAAUUAUGCAAGGCUGCUGAAUACAGCAAGAAAAAUGUAAAAGAGCUGGAAGAAAAAGUACAGUCAGUAAAUAUGGUAAGAGAAAGUUCUCGUUAUAGAAAAGAUGUAAAGAAACCGAUUCAUUACAAUUGCAGUUAUUGUGGUAAGAAACAUGAGCCAAGAAAAUGUCCUGCGUAUGGGAGAUGUACUGUGUGCAACAUUUAUAACCAUUAUGCAGAAAUGUGUAGAUUUAAGAAGAAAGAAGAGAAACCGCAGCAAAAACAAAGAUCCACAAAAAACAAAGUUGAUGGCAUCAGGGAAUCUACAAAUGACAGCGACUGCAGUUCGGAAGACUUUGUAGUAGACUCUGUAAAAGUGUCUUCACAGUACUAGACAUGAAGGAUGGGUUUUUUCAAGUGAGUUUGGAGGAUGAACAAAAACUCUGCACCUUCG